AUGCUGGUCAAGCGUGUUAUUCCCGCCCUCGCGGCAAUCGGGUCGGCCGCAGCCCAAUCUAGGACUUGCACCGUAUCCACGACGACUAUUCACAGUCAGGCCGAUGCCACUGGGCUCAGUGGCUGCCGUACGGUUAGCGGUAGCAUUGUUCUCGCCGAAGAUGCUGCCGGGGCCAUCAGUCUCUCUGGCCCGGAGGAGAUUACAGGCGAUCUGCAGAUUCUCAACAAUGGCGCUCUCGAGACCUUGCAAAGCAGCUCGCUGGAGACAAUUGGCGGCGAGUUCAAGAUGAACAACGUGACGAAGCUCAUUAGCCUCGACUUCUCGGAACUCGAAUCGGUCGGGUCGCUCUCUUGGACAUCCGUCACCAACCUGCAGACUGCGACCUUCGGACCCCUGACCAAGGCAGAUCAAGUCAUCAUCAGUGACACGUUCCUUAACACCUUGGAAGGCAUUGAUCUGUCUACCGUGAGGCUGCUUGACAUCAACAACAAUCGACUUCUCAGCACGUUUACCAGCAAGCUCGGCAGCCUCAGCGAGAACCUCAAUAUUCAGGCCAACGGUCUUUCACUCAAUGUCUCCCUGCCGAACCUUAUCUGGAUCGCCAACAUGACCAUUGCCAACGUCACUGACUUCCAGGUGCCUUCGCUGGAAAUUGUCAACGGCUCGGCUCGGUUUGACAGCAACUACUUCUCCACCUUCAGCGCACCGAACCUGACCGAAACUUCAUCGGGCGAUAUCUCGUUCGUCGGCAACAGCAACCUGGAUAACCUUACCUUCCCCGUUUUGACCAAGAUCGGGGGCGGCUUGCUGAUCGCAAACAACACGGCCUUGGAGAAGAUGACGGCCUUCCCCGAGCUCGAAUCAGUAGGCGGCGCUGUCAAGCUCAGGGGCAGCUUCAAAGAGGUUGCUUUCCCCAAGCUGGAUAUUGUCGAGGGCGCUUUCGAUGUCGCGAGUACCGAAGAUAUCAACUCGUCUUGUGACACUCUUGGAAAGCUGGCCCCCAGCUCCCAGGGUGGUGAAGGCAAGGUCAAGGGUACUUACGCGUGCACUAGCAAGGUCGCGGAUGCCAACGAUGAUACCAGCUCUGGUGGCUCAUCUUCUGGUGGCAGCGGCAGCGACAGCAGCGAUGGUGGAAACAACGACAACGGUGCUGCCGGUCUGGUACUCAACACAGCUCUCUUCGGCCUCGUUGCCGUUGCUGCCGUUGCCUCGGCCCUCUGA